AUGAAGGCAUACUGGUAUGACAAUCUUCCAGGCGACCAGCGCGAGCCCCACGACUCCGGCCGCGCCGUUUCAGAAGAAAAGCUUGCCUCCUUAGGCGUGCUAUACAAGCACUGCCCGACAAUCGCAGAUGUGGACCAGAUCGCCCAGGACCGUGGCUACCGCAACCGCGACCAGGUCUGUGUUUCACCCGAAGCUAUGGGGGACGUCUACGAAGACAAAGUGAAGACCUUUUUUGCCGAGCACUUGCACGAGGAUGAGGAGAUCCGAUACAUCACCGAUGGCGAGGGAUACUUUGAUGUGCGCGGAAAGGAUGACGAGUGGAUUCGUAUCUGUCUCGUUAAGGAUGAUAUGAUUAUUCUUCCCGCUGGUAUUUACCACCGGUUCACCACGAAUGCACAGAACUACGUCCGGGCCAUGCGUCUCUUCCAGGAUGAGCCUAAGUGGACACCGCUCAACCGUGGCGCUGAGGUCGAUAGCAACCCCCAUCGCAAGACGUAUCUAGAUACUGUUAUCACCCCUACUAUGACUGUAAACUAG